AUGGACAAUGCAGAGGAAAUCAAGCUCUGCUACCCACAACUCCUCAACUCCUCCUGCAGAGGACAGAUGCGCUCCAGCUCUGAGGCCCUCGUCCUCUACACACUGCUGUCCACCAUCGCUCUGCUUACUGUAGCUCUCAACCUGCUGGUUAUCAUCUCUAUCUCCCACUUCAGGCAGCUCCACACACCGACCAACCUGCUCCUCCUCUCCCUGGCCGUCUCCGACCUCCUCGUUGGGAUCCUGGUGAUGCCGAUUGAAGCCAUACGGUUCAUAGAAACCUGCUGGGUGCUGGGCCAGCUCAUGUGUGCCCUCUCUUACAUCGUCGGCUUCAUUCUCACCUCAGCCUCUGUGGGAAACAUGGUGCUCAUAUCAGUCGAUCGCUACAUAGCUAUUUGUUACCCUCUGCUAUACCCCAGCAAAAUAACUCAGAGCAGAGUCAAAGUCUCUGUGUGUCUGUGCUGGGCCUGCUCUGUCUUGUACAAUGGCAUUAUUUUAAAGGGCCAUCUUCAGCAGCCGGAUAGGCACAACUCCUGCUAUGGAGAGUGUGUGGUGGUCAUUGACUAUGUCUCUGGGACUGUCGACCUUGUGUUCACUUUUAUCACCCCCUGCACAGUCAUUAUCGUUUUAUACAUGAGAGUGUUUGUGGUGGCCGUGUCCCAGGCGCGUGCCAUGCAGUCUCACGUUGCAACUGUUAUGCCUCGUAAGGUGACUGUGACUGCCAAGACCUCAGAGAAAAAAGCAGCCAGGACUCUUGGUAUUGUCAUAUUGGUGUUUCUGCUGUGUUUCUGUCCAUAUUACUAUCCCUCCCUCGCAGGGCAGGAUAUCUCCAACAGUGCCUCAUCUUGGGGUAUUGUGUCCUGGAUGGUGUAUUUUAAUUCCUGUCUGAAUCCACUCAUAUAUGCCUUUUUCUAUCCAUGGUUUAGAAAAGCUAUUAAGUUCAUUGUCACCCUUAAAAUACUGGAACAUGACUCCUGUGAUGCAAAGUUACUUUAA